GCCACCCACCCGAUCAUCACCACCACCCCUCCAGUCGUAGGAAGCCGGGGGCGGGGCUCACUGUUCUCGUGAUACCUCCAGGUCUCGGACUAAACCAGUGCAACAGUCCUCACUCGUUAUAUUUGAUUAGAAAUAUUAAUUCGAUCGUCAACUAUUAAAUUUUGUAGUAAAAUAUUGUUGUUAAAAAUCAUUAACGAUGGAAAUGUUGGAUGUUUGAUGGUGGCAGUGUCUGACCGUGGGUUGGAGUGACCCCCGUGUGUGCGGUGGUGCGGUCAGCAGACGGUUCCAGAAGCCCGGGCUCAGACCUCCCCCUUCCCCUCACGGUACGGGCUCCCCAUCGCCAACAUGUCCGCUGUUGGGACGCUCGCUUUCGACGAAUAUGGUCGACCCUUCAUCAUCAUCAAAGACCAGGAGAGCAAGACCCGGCUAACCGGGCUGGAAGCGCUGAAGUCACAUAUUAUGGCAGCAAAAGCUGUAUCAAAUACACUGAGAACAUCUCUUGGACCAAAGGGGCUUGAUAAGAUGAUGGUGGAUAAGGAUGGAGAAGUGACAGUCACCAAUGAUGGUGCUACCAUUCUAAGUAUGAUGGAUGUGGAGCAUCAAGUUGCUAAAUUGAUGGUGGAGCUUUCCAAGUCUCAGGAUGAUGAAAUUGGUGAUGGUACUACAGGUGUGGUAGUUCUUGCUGGUGCCUUGUUGGAACAAGCUGAACAAUUACUGGAUCGUGGUAUUCAUCCGAUACGCGUAGCUGAUGGUUACGAAUUGGCUGCUCGCCAAGCUAUUGAACAACUGGACAAGAUCAGUGACAGCUUUCCUGUAGAUCCAAACAACAAAGAACCCCUUAUUCAAACAGCUAUGACUGCACUUGGCUCUAAAGUUAUUAAUCGUUGCCAUAGACAAAUGGCAGAAAUAGCUGUGAAUGCUGUUCUAACUGUUGCUGAUAUGGAGCGCAAGGAUGUAGAUUUUGAGCUGAUGAAGGUGGAAGGUAAAGUUGGUGGAAAGCUUGAGGACACACAGUUAAUUAAAGGAGUUGUGGUGGACAAAGAAUUCAGCCAUCCACAAAUGCCAAAGGUGGUAAAAGAUGCAAAGAUUGCAAUUUUGACAUGCCCCUUUGAACCACCAAAACCAAAAACCAAGCACAAGCUUGAUGUGACUUCAGUGGAAGAUUACAAGGCCUUGCAAAAAUACGAAAAGGAUAAAUUUGCGGAAAUGAUCAAUCAGGUAAAAAAUACUGGUGCCAAUCUAGCUAUUUGCCAGUGGGGAUUUGAUGAUGAAGCAAACCAUUUGCUUCUCCAGAAUAAGCUUCCGGCAGUACGUUGGGUUGGUGGGCCUGAAAUUGAGCUGAUUGCUAUUGCCACUGGAGGGCGCAUUGUUCCUCGGUUUUCAGAACUUACGCCUGAAAAACUUGGCAGUGCUGGUAUUGUCAAAGAAAUAUCUUUUGGAACUACCAAGGAUAGGAUGCUUGUGAUUGAAGAAUGCCAGAACUCGAGGGCAGUAACUAUCUUCAUCAGAGGUGGAAACAAAAUGAUAAUUGAAGAGGCAAAAAGAGCACUUCAUGAUGCAUUGUGUGUAAUUCGAAACCUUGUGAAAGAUAAUCGUGUUGUAUAUGGUGGUGGUGCUGCAGAGAUCGCUUGUGCUUUGGCUGUUAAUGAGGCAGCUAACAAGUGUCCUACUUUAGAACAGUAUGCAAUGAGAGCUUUUGCUGAUGCCCUGGAAGUCAUUCCAAUGUCAUUGGCAGAAAACAGUGGCUACAACCCAAUCCAGACAAUGACAGAAGUUCGAGCUAAACAGGUGAAGGAGAACAACUUUGCACUGGGUAUAGAUUGCUUACACAAGGAGACAAAUGACAUGAAAAAACAGCAUGUCAUAGAAACUCUAAUCGGAAAGAAGCAGCAAAUUUCUUUGGCUACCCAAGUAGUGAAAAUGAUAUUGAAAAUUGAUGAUAUUCGAUGCCCUGGAGAAAUGCAGGAAUAGACACUUAUCCUCUGCUGACAGGAAAGUGACAGGAUGCACCAUGAGUGGUGACCUCCAUUUACUGAUCAGUUAUUUAUUUUUGCAUAACACUGUAAGCUACUUGCAUUUGUUUAAAAGAACUGAAUAAAAGCAUCUGUUCCAUCUCCAGAUUUUUCACUUA